GAAGUGAACAUGCGUCUCCUCACCGAAUCGCGCGGGAAAUGGAACAUUUGCCACACAGAAACAACAACAGAGUAUAAGUUAUCAUCGAGGCCAUAAAUGGGUCUUAAUCGGAAAUAAUUUGAAGAAAGUGUUAUUGACAGUACUCAGAACACAUAUUUAGACGAUGGAAAACUUUCAGAAAAUUGAGAAGAUUGGUGAAGGAACAUAUGGAGUGGUUUACAAAGCGAGGGACAAAAUCAACAACCGGCUUGUGGCCUUGAAGAAGAUACGCUUGGAUGCGGAAUCAGAGGGUGUUCCAAGCACGGCAAUCAGAGAAAUUUCCUUGCUGAAGGAACUGGAUCAUCCAAAUGUAGUGAGGUUAUUGGAUGUUGUCCAUAGUGAGAUGAAGCUUUACUUGGUGUUCGAGUAUUUGAAUCAAGAUCUGAAGAAGUACAUGGAUUGCGCCCCACCAGCAGGCUUAGCACCAGCACUUGUCAAGAGUUACCUGCAUCAGCUGCUGCAAGGAAUCGGCUACUGUCACUCACACCGAGUCCUGCACCGAGAUUUGAAGCCACAGAAUCUGCUCAUUGAUACAGAGGGAAACAUCAAGCUAGCCGACUUUGGUCUCGCCCGUGCCUUUGGUGUUCCAGUUCGAACAUACACGCAUGAGGUUGUCACGCUGUGGUAUCGAGCCCCCGAGAUCCUCCUUGGUAGCAGGUUCUAUUCGACCCCAGUUGAUGUAUGGAGUCUUGGCUGUAUUUUUGCUGAAAUGAUCACCCGGAGAGCACUAUUCCCAGGAGAUUCAGAAAUUGAUCAACUUUUUCGUGUCUUUCGUACAUUAGGAACCCCUGAUGAGACAGUCUGGCCAGGAGUCACCCAACUUCCUGAUUUUAAGUCCUCAUUUCCCAAAUGGGCUCAUCGGAACGUUGGGUCUGUUGUUCCAAAUUUGUGUGCUGAAGGAACUGAUCUGCUGGCACAAAUGCUGUGUUAUGAACCAAGCAAACGAAUUUCAGCAAAGACAGCUCUUCACCAUCCAUACUUCAUGGGAGUUGCGCGACAGAAGCCAGCGUCCAUGAUUAACUGAAAAAAAUCCAUUACAGAACAAAUGUUUUACUAAAAAGUCUUCAUAUUGCAUGCAAAGCUGUAUGUAUAGUCAACUGAGAUAUUGUCAAUGAAUAAUGUUUAUAUAUGGCUAAUAAUGACUUGAUCACAAGUGUCAAGACUUUUGAAAAGUCCUGUAUGCUGAUAAAGUGCAUUCUUGUGUUUAUGUAUAUGUCCAUAUACCGGUAUGCUAUGUGGCUUUAUUUAUUUUACAACUAUUGGAUAUGUAUGUAAGUUGGGGAAUUAUGCUUUUGCAGUUUGUGGUUAUGGGGGAAAUGGGUGGGUUGUGCUGGCAUUUCCUUGCAAGAUUCUCUGUCUUUUCAUUCUUUUUGGGGGCUGAAAUGCUACACCGAAUGGACAGUAGUAUGUGUAUGGUGGUGCUUUCUUUACAAAACACUUUCAAAGUAAACCAUAUCAUCCUUAUUUCUUCGAACAUGUGACUUUUUGUGAAUAUUGGCGUCCAGUAUGCACAAUUUUUCUUUUCUGGCAGUUUAUGUUUAUGUUUAAUUUUUAUCAGGUCACAUACAUACCCCCCCACUGCCCUCCCUAGAGUCCCCAUUUGCAUUGUUCAGUGUAUGACAACAUAUUCAAGGAUGAUUUCUCUGUAAGACUCGUAAGAUUCCUUACAUUGGUCAUCUCAAUGAAGUCAUAGAUGUUUGCCAUGAGACAUGGACUGCAGCAUCUUCCCGAGGCAAGGUAGUUAACUGACUAAAAGUCCAGUUUCACCCUUGCUGAACUGGGCUGGAAUUUCUGGGCUCGAUUGUAGCGCCACCAGUGGCAGUUUAAGAGUUAUGUCCCUUCUGUGUCCCUCCUAUUGACCAGUCCACCUCUCAUAUCACCUGCAUUCGCUUCAAACAAAAUGCCGGGGCCCAGUCAAGAUGGUUGGAUUGAUAAUCAAAGUCUACAGGUCUUACAUCGCAAAGUGCUUCAAAUCAUAUGAGCACCUUGAUUAAAAACAUGAAAAGAUUUAAAAAACAUCUGUUGACACCGAGUUGGCAGGGGUAGAAACUAACAUUUUUAGUCCACUAGU